UAUAUUUCCCACCUUUCUCAGUUUCUCGCUCCUCAUUCAUACUUGCACUUCCCUCUGCAACAACUAGCUACCACUCGCACAAAUCCUAAAACUCUCUAGCUCCUUACAAUGGCUCUCUCCCUCUGCUCCGCCAAAUCCCUUAUCUUUCUCUUCAUCCUCUCAGCCAUCCCCGUCGCCUUUAUUAUCUCUCUUGAACUGGCCAAGCCCAACACCCAUGUCUUCUACUAUCACAGUUCCGGCUUCUUCCGCGAGUGCGCCAAGUGGGACGAUCUUAACCGUCGAUUUAUCGUCUCCUUCUUGGAUGGUGGAGUCGGAGAAAUUCGCGUGCCCGACGAUUACUCUCCCGGUACUGUUUUACAGGAGGCUACUGUGGUGAAAGACGUUGACGUAGCCGGGAACUCUUCGGUUGGUAUCGUAGUCGACCGCCCGAGGAAUCGGCUGCUCGUGGUAAACGCCGACGUUCUGGGGAACAAGUAUAGUGGGCUUGCGGCUUAUGAUUUGUCAACUUGGGAUCGUCUGUUCCUUACGCAUCUGAGCGGCCCAAAUGAUGAGAAAUCCUUUGCGGAUGAUGUUGCAGUUGAUGCAGAAGGUAAUGCAUAUAUUACUGAUGCAAAAACCAGUAAAAUUUGGAAGGUUGGGAAGGAUGGCGAAUUCCUAUCUAUUAUCAGAAGCCCACUCUUCAUUCAAAAACAGUGGUACAAAAACCUGGUUGCACUUAAUGGAAUUGUUUACCACCCAGAUGGGUUCUUGAUCGUCAUUCAUACUUUCACUGGCAAUUUGUAUAAGAUUGAUCUAGCCAAGGAUGAUGAUGUAAAGUUAAUUAAGGUAACUGAAGGAUCACUGUCGUUUGGAGAUGGUCUGGAGUUAUUGUCGCCUACUAAGCUCGUGGUUGCAGGAAAUCCUUCAGGGAGAUUAGUGGAGAGCUCUGAUGGGUGGGAGACUGCUUCUGUUGUAGCCAAGUUUAAAGGGCCAGCACAUCGGUUGGCCACUGCAGCAACUGUGAAGGAUGGGAGGGCUUAUCUUAGCCACAUGGUUGGGAUGGGAUAUCCUAAGAAGAAGCAUGUCAUUGUUGAGGCUGUUUUUUCUACAUGAACGAGGCAGUUUAACUUGUUAUUUUGGAUUUGUAAUGUAUCCCAACAAGGAAAUUUUCAGUUAUGUUUAUUUUUAUCCAUUCAAAGAUCCAUAGUGCCUGACCUUUUUAAUUGACGAGUGAAGGGUUGUAAUUGUACCAUAUUCUAUGAAUAUUGCAAAUCUACAAAGGAUUAUCUUGGCAA